ACUUACUGCUCCCUUGGUAAAAUCAAAGGGACUUGACCAAGCUUGAGGAGUUUUCCCUAAAACCAUGUCAAAUUCAAGGAAUCUUUAAUAGGGCUUCUCAAGCUGGGAUUUCUAGAAGCUCAAAUUUGUCUUUUAUAACUGUGUGUGCAUUUUUCAGGGGAAUUUUCUUGUCAUUUUUGGCUGGGAGUGGGGGCAGGAUGGGUAUGCCUUUGCAUUUUCCCAUCUGUUUAAAAUGCCAGGGUACUCCUAUGGUAUGAUAAACCUAGAAUGCUCCAAGCAGUUCCCAUCCUUCACAUGCCUAGUUCUGAAUUGUAAAGAAACCUAUUGAGGGCUUACACUAUGUGCUAGACAUGCUUUCCAUUUCUUACCUCAUUGAAGCUUUACAACUUGGAGGCAGAUGCACUUUUUCCUGUUUUGUAGAAAGGGUGCUCUUUCACGUUUUGCAGCUGUUCACAUGGCCCCAGCUUGAAAAUGAUGUUUGUGGAUUCUUCUGUGGGAACCCAGGGCACAUCUGUUGGAAUCGGAAGACUCCAAGUAUAGCAGCAGGCAUGGAUGAACAGGCUCUUUUAGGACUAAAUCCGAAUGCUGAUUCAGACUUCAGACAAAGGGCCCUGGCCUAUUUUGAGCAGUUAAAGAUCUCCCCAGAUGCCUGGCAGGCGUGUGCAGAAGCUUUAGCUCAGAGGACAUACAGUGAUGAUCACAUAAAAUUUUUCUGCUUUCAAGUAUUAGAACAUCAAGUGAAAUAUAAAUACUCAGAACUAACUACUGUUCAGCAACAACUAAUUAGGGAGACGCUCAUAUCCUGGCUUCAGGCUCAGAUGCUGAGUCCCCAGCCAGAGAAGACCUUUAUAAGAAAUAAAGCAGCCCAAGUGUUCGCCUUGCUUUUUGUUACAGAGUAUCUCACUAAAUGGCCCAAGUUUUUUUUUGACAUUCUCUCAGUAGUGGACCUAAACCCAAGGGGUGUAGAUCUGUACCUCCGAAUCCUCAUGGCUAUUGAUUCAGAAUUGGUGGAUCGUGAUGUGGUACAUACAUCAGAGGAGGCUCGUAGAAAUACUCUAAUAAAAGAUACCAUGAGGGAACAGUGCAUUCCAAACUUGGUGGAAUCAUGGUACCAAAUUUUACAGAAUUACCAGUAUACUAAUUCAGAAGUGACGUGCCAGUGCCUUGAAGUCGUUGGGGCUUAUGUGUCUUGGAUAGACUUAUCCCUUAUAGCCAAUGAUAGGUUUAUAAAUAUGCUGCUAGGUCAUAUGUCGAUAGAAGUUCUACGGGAAGAAGCAUGUGACUGUUUGUUUGAAAUUGUAAAUAAAGGAAUGGAUCCUGUUGAUAAAAUGAAACUAGUAGAAUCUUUGUGUCAAGUAUUACAGUCUGCUGGGUUUUUCAUCAUUGACCAGGAAGAAGAUGUGGACUUCCUCGCCAGAUUUUCUAAAUUGGUGAAUGGAAUGGGACAGUCCUUGAUAGUUAGCUGGACUAAAUUAAUUAAGAGUGGGGAUAUCAAGAAUGCACAGGAGGCACUGCAGGCUAUUGAAACGAAAGUGGCACUGAUGUUGCAGCUACUAAUCCACGAGGAUGAUGAUAUAUCCUCCAACAUUAUUGGAUUUUGUUAUGAUUACCUUCAUAUUUUGAAACAACUUACUGUGCUCUCAGAUCAGCAGAAAGCUAAUAUAGAGGCAAUCAUGUUGGCUGUUAUGAAAAAAUUGACUUAUGAUGAAGAAUAUAAUUUUGAAAAUGAGGGGGAAGAUGAAGCCAUGUUUGUAGAAUACAGGAAGCAACUGAAGUUACUGCUGGACAGGCUUGCUCAAGUUUCACCAGAGUUGUUGCUGGCUUCUGUUCGCAGAGUUUUUAGUUCUACACUGCAGAACUGGCAGACUACUCGGUUCAUGGAAGUUGAAGUAGCAAUAAGACUGCUGUAUAUGUUGGCAGAAGCUCUUCCAGUAUCUCAUGGUGCUCACUUCUCAGGUGAUGUUUCAAAAGCGAGUGCUUUGCAAGAUAUGAUGCGAACUUUGGUAACAUCAGGAGUUAGUUCCUACCAGCAUACAUCUGUGACGUUGGAGUUCUUCGAAACUGUUGUUAGAUACGAAAAGUUUUUCACAGUUGAACCUCAGCACAUUCCAUGUGUACUAAUGGCUUUCUUAGAUCACCGAGGUCUGCGGCAUUCCAGUGCGAAAGUGCGGAGCAGAACCGCCUACCUGUUCUCUAGAUUUGUCAAAUCGCUCAAUAAACAAAUGAAUCCUUUCAUCGAGGAUAUUCUGAAUAGAAUACAAGAUUUAUUAGAGCUUUCUCCACCUGAGAAUGGUUACCAGUCUUUGUUGAGCAGCGAUGAUCAACUAUUUAUUUAUGAGACAGCCGGAGUGCUGAUUGUUAAUAGUGACUACCCGGCAGAACGGAAGCAAGCCUUAAUGAGGAAUCUGUUGACUCCCCUAAUGGAAAAGUUUAAAAUUCUUUUAGAAAAAUUGAUGCUGGCACAAGAUGAAGAAAGGCAGGCAUCUCUAGCAGACUGUCUCAACCAUGCUGUUGGAUUUGCCAGUCGAACGAGCAAAGCUUUCAGCAACAAACAGACUGUGAAACAGUGUGGCUGUUCCGAAGUUUAUCUGGACUGUUUGCAGACAUUCUUGCCAGCCCUCAGUUGUCCCCUACAAAAGGAUGUUCUCAGAAGUGGCGUCCGCACUUUCCUCCACCGCAUGAUAAUUUGCCUAGAGGAAGAAGUUCUUCCAUUCAUCCCAUCUGCCUCAGAACACAUGCUCAAAGACUGUGAAGCAAAAGACCUUCAAGAGUUCAUUCCUCUUAUCAACCAGAUUACAGCCAAAUUUAAGAUACAGGUAUCUCCAUUUUUACAACAAAUGUUCAUGCCUCUGCUUCGUGCAAUUUUUGAAGUAUUGCUCCGACCAGCAGAAGAAAAUGACCAGUCUGCUGCUUUAGAGAAGCAAAUGUUGCGGAGAAGUUACUUUGCUUUCCUGCAAACAGUCACAGGCAGUGGAAUGAGCGAAGUCAUAGCAAAUCAAGGUGCAGAGAAUGUAGAACAAGUUCUAGUUACUGUGAUUCAAGGAGCAGUCGAAUAUCCAGAUCCAAUUGCACAGAAAACAUGUUUUAUCAUCCUCUCCAAGUUGGUGGAACUCUGGGGCGGUAAAGAUGGACCAGUGGGAUUUGCUGAUUUUGUUUACAAGCACAUUGUCCCCGCAUGUUUCCUAGCACCUUUAAAACAAACCUUUGACCUGGCAGAUGCACAAACAGUAUUGGCUUUGUCCGAGUGUGCAGUGACGCUGAAGACAAUUCAUCUCAAACGGGGCCCAGAAUGUGUUCAGUAUCUUCAACAAGAAUACCUGCCUUCCUUGCAGGUAGCUCCAGAGAUAAUUCAGGAGUUUUGUCAAGCACUUCAGCAGCCUGAUGCUAAAGUUUUUAAAAACUACUUAAAGAUGUUCUUCCAGAGAGCAAAGCCCUAGGAACUGGAUCUCCCUGUGCCUACUUCAUAAUCAGGAUUUAUGAUCAGAAAUUCCAGUUAAUAAUUUAUAAAGAAGCAGGUUUUGUGUGCCAUUCACACUGCUUUUUAACUUGGCUUUGAGCUUACUGCAGUAUGUGUAUGUAUUGGGAUUUUUCUGUAAAAUGUGUGUAAUUUUCCCUAAAUAACAGAUAUGUGGCAACAAGAAGUGGCUUGCAUGCCAGUUCAGAUUGUUUUAUGUAAAAAUGCUGUUAAACGAUUCAGCAGAGUUAUCCUAGUACGUUUUUAUUUUCAUUUGAAACUUUAAGUCCUCUUAAAGACCAUAGCCGGAAAACAGAGUACUUUUUUAAAGUUGCUGAAUGAAUAUAAAAUGUUUGGGAAUUUAAUUUUUCUUUUAUGUGUGUAGACUCAAACUAUGGGGGAACUACAAAGAUCAGAACUACUUUUUUGUAGAUAGCCAUUACAUUUCUUUAAAAUGUUUCGAUGCCAAUAUGUAUUCUACAGAAGAGAAUGGUUUCAUAAAUUAACUGAUUUAAGAGUAGGUGCCGGUGUUAUACAUUUUUUUAUAAAAAAAUAAAUUUUACAUAGUGAAUUUACCAAGUGUUUUUUGGAAUUAUUAUACAUACUUUAGCCAUAGUUUUUUGUCUUACCUCUCCCUCAUUUCCCAUUUAAAGGAUUGCAAAUAUAAGCUUACAGAUGACUUAUUUAAUUGUAUUAUGCUCCUAAAAGAUUAUGCGCUCCUUAGUUCUGUUAAAUAGAAUCUUUUAAAAACCGGCCUAGAAAAAGCCUGUGUGAAUUUGUUGACAGAAUUAAAAAUCCAGUAUGUUCUACCUCUGCUAUUGGAUCUACUUAGGGCACAGUAUACAUACGUGUUUGUGGUAUUUAUAAGUAGGCGCUGCCCAUUUAGUUACUAGAAAACCUUUCCCUGUCUUCUCCUGGUUUUAUUCAUGACUGCAAGAAAGCAAGAGGAGAAACAAUAGUAUCGAUAGUCGUACUGGAAAAUUAAGAAGGACAACACUGAGUAGCACAAUUACUAUAGUCACUUAAGUUUAAAUUCUAAUAGUCUAAGUAAGCUUGAAGGGGAGGGUUGGGUGGUGGUUUUUUUAACCUUUGGCCAAUAUGGCUCCUAGGGGCUUCAUGGACAGGCUUCAGGGGUGUCUAAACGUCCUAAAAUUAUAUUCUAAAUUGUGCACAUAUCCCUCUUUCUCCCUCCUCCUCUCUGUAAAAAUUAAUAUUUUUUUAAAAAUAAUCGUGAACAUAAAUCUUCUGGGGUUAAUUCCAGAAGAGAUUUUAAACAUUUUCCUUACAUCAUAGAAUAAAGGUACUAAACUAAGUUGACAGUUAAUUGUAAAACUAGAUCAGUAGAAUGUAAAACUUCAAUAACGAUGUUUUUAAAAAUAGAUGAGUGAAAGCUGAUGGUUUUGUUGAUAAGUUCCCUUGUACUGUGGGGGAGAUAAUUACGCUAUUGCAAUAGUACUAAUUGUCCAAAAUAUACUAAUGAGUAGCAUAGCAUAGUGUGAAGAGCACAGGCUCGGGAUCCUGAUUAAAUAGGUACAAAUAACAGUUCCACCAGUAACUGGUUGUGGAACCUUAGGCAAAUUCACUUCUCCCUCCAGUUUCCCCAUCUGCAAAAUACGAGAAAUAAUGGUAGCUACCUCAUAACUUAAGAAUUUAAGAAGUUAAACAUGAAAAGAGCUUAUUAUAGCACCUGCCCAUGAAGGCCUGGUAUUAGCUAUGGUUACUGUGUUGUUAAUUGCGCAUAUGUAGACACCUGCUCCUUCCCCCCCUUUAAAGCCCUUCAAAAGGUUCACGUGUGUUCAGAGCUAAGCGAAAUCAAGACGUGGACAUUAAGGGUGUAGUAGAAAUUAAACUUUAUGUUCUGUGAUCAUGUAUAAUUCCUAUCUUCAUUCCCUGAAGUUGCCCAGAGCAUUUAUGGAGUACUACAGCAAUUAGGAAACUUCCAUCAUGAAUUAACUUACUUGUAUUUUACUAAGUUCCAAAAGCAAGCACCCAAAUAAUUGUCACAAGGGUGAAUCUCAACUAUUAACAGGUGAGAUAACAUCGAGGCAAAAAAACCCUUAGGGAUGUGUGACUUGACUCCGUAACCACCAGGGUUUUAUGAUGCCUGGCUUAGUGCUGUGCCUAACAGGUUAUUUAAAUCUUAAAGUAAAUGCUAACUCAAAUUGGUUCUUAAGUGGCUUACCUUUAAGAAAACGGGUUUUUCUUCCCCUGGCUGGUGUAGCUCAGUGGAUUGAGCGCGGGCCUGCGAACCACAUGGUGGUGGUUUGAUUCCCAGUCAGGGCACAUGCCUGGGUUGCAGGCCAGUUCCCAGCAGGGGACCCACGAGAGGCAAGCAUACAUUGAUAUUUCUCUCCCUCUCUCCUUCCCUUCCUCUCUAAAGAUAAAUAAAAUCUUUUUAAAAAGAGAGAAGCAUUUAAAAAGUAAAACGCUGGUAUUUCAAUGUGUAUCAAUUACGUGGAAAAUACGUAAAUAAAUGCCUUGGGCUCAGCUAAUCACUUCUCAUAAGCUUUGAGCUGUGGGCUUUACUGUUGUAAAGAACUUUGACACAGGACCAUAGAGUUAGACAUGGGAAAACUGGUUGGAAUUGUAAGUAGUG